UUCACUUCGGCUGGCGGUUUUUGGAGCACUCCGCUUCUUGAGAGGGCCAAAAGUUGUCGGGGGAGUUGAAGUCGCGUUGCCACAGUUAUGUUGCAGUAAAACCCGUACACGCACGCAAUCACGGCAGAAGUUAACACCCAAAAUCCAUACAUAAUGGCCGCCCUACGGAGUCGCCCCAAUGGAACGCUUGAAGUGGAGAAGGAAGCUCAAGUCACCAGCCACAACAAUAACAAGCCGGAAAAGGAACUAACCAAGAAUGGAAAGACGGAGAAAAGUGACCCCAUGAUAUACAUCAUUUUCGUCUCACUGCUCUUCGAUCUGCUGGCCUUCACCAUCAUUCUGCCACUCUUACCCUCGUUACUGGAAUAUUACCGUCUUAACGAUAGUUCCGGCCUAUAUGCCGUGCUCACGGAUCGGGUGCGUUGGUUCCAGCAGCUCCUUGGCGCCCCGGAAAGGUAUAUAUCGGUGCUAUUCGGUGGCUUCCUCGGCUCCAUGUUCAGUUUCCUUCAGUUCGUGGCUAGUCCAAUUGUCGGGGGACUCUCGGAUUACUAUGGUCGGAAACCAGUCCUCUUGGUUUGUGCGUCUGGCAUUGCGCUAUCCUAUCUGAUCUGGGCCUGCUCCAGCAACUUUGCCCUGUUCGUUUUGGCCCGCUUUGUGGGAGGCAUCAGCAAGGGCAAUAUUUCGCUAUGCAUGUCUGUGAUCACGGAUGUCUCCAGCGUCAAGACCCGGGGGCGUGGCAUGGCCCUGGUGGGCGUGGCCUUCUCACUGGGCUUCAUUGUAGGACCCAUGAUUGGAGCUUUAUUCGCCAUAUUCUCGGAUAAAAGUGGAGGCGCCUGGUUUGUGCUGCCCUCUCUGUUGGCUUUUGGCCUGGCAAUCGGAGAUCUUUUGGUUCUGGCUUGCUGCCUGCGAGAGACUUUGCCGAAGGAGAAACGUGUUAAGGAGAUCUCAUCUGCCCUGUCAUAUGGCCUGCAAUUGCUCAACUUCUCGGCCAUAUUCAGAUUUGCUGCCAUCAAAAAUGUUUCCAAGAAAGAUAUUGAGGCCUUGCGAUCGAUUGGAUUGAUAUACUUUCUGUACCUCUUCCUGUAUUCCGGCUUGGAGUUCACCGUCACCUUUUUGAUGUACCACAAAUUUGGCUAUACUUCGAUGGAUCAGGCAAAGAUGUUUUUAACAACAGGUGUUAUUAUGACUUUGCUGCAGGGAUCGGUUGUUCGCCGUUUGCCCGAGGCCAAGAUCAAGGGCUAUGCCAUCUUCAGUCUCUAUCUGAUUGUUCCCGCCUUCGUAUUAGUCGGCCUGGCGGAGGGCAGUAGAAUGCUCUACGCCGGCAUGACCCUCUUCGCAAUCUCCACCGCCUUUGCUGUCACCUGUCUAACGACUCUGGUAUCCAAGUAUGGAAACGAUGACCAAAAGGGUUCAGUAUUGGGCAUAUUCCGCUCCCUGGGAGCUCUGGCUCGUGCUUUGGGUCCUGUAGUAGGCUGCAUUGCUUUUUGGUGCGUGGGCUCGAAGAUCACCUAUAUAGCCGGCGGACUCCUGCUCAUUUAUCCAGCCAUGGCCUUGCAACGCGCUCGCAUUUAAGUGCAAUAAGAACAAAGUUUAUUAAUCACUCUAGAGAUCAACGCAAGUAUUAGCUGCACAUUAUACUUAAUUUAUUGUUUUUAUACAACAAGUAUUUUAUAUUAAAAUAGCCACUUUUAUACUUUGUUUUGUAAGUUAAU